AGUUGCCACACCGAAGCAUUAAAUAGUACCAAAAAUACACUCAGGCGAAUCCUCCUCCCCCUCCGCUUCUUCUUCUUCUUCUUCUUCUCGCUCUGCCGUCUUCACUUCGACCGGACCUCCUCCGGCGACUCGAUUUAUAGGUGAGGAUGUCUACCAAAGCCCUCAGGGAUCUUAAUAUAAUCCCCGCAUCCGGAUUGGACAAGACUAUUGAUAGCAAAGGAACUUUAACAAAGUUGUACCCUGAGAAUGGAUCUGAAUUUCAGAAGAAAACUCCUCCCCUCUGUUCUGUUCCAGCAAUUAAAAUCGAUAUGGGGACAACUGUAGCAGAGAUAGGAAAUGCAGAAGUUGAGUACAUAGAAUCUGAGAAUUUGAGUGAUGUACCAGACUUGGAUGCAUGUUUUAAUACACUGUUUAGCAGGUUAGACUCAAAGGACUGGGUUUCUGUAUGUGAAGCCCUUAAUAACGUGCGCCAGUUGUCGAUAUACCAUGAAGAAAAGCUUCUCGAGAUCUUAGGAUCUGUGAUUCCGUUGAUUGUGAAGUCACUGAAAAGCCCUAGAAGUGCUGUUUGCAAAACUGCAAUUAUGGCAUCUGCUGACAUAUUUAAGGCUUACAACGAUAAAGUCAUUGACUCAAUUGAUUCUCUGCUUGUCCAAUUGCUUCUGAAGUCCUCACAAGACAAACGGUUUGUAUGUGAAGCUGCUUUGGCCGCUCUCAUAGCUAUGACCACUUCUGUUUCUCCCACACUUCUGUUGCCAAAGUUGCUACCUUAUCUCACCGAUAAAAAUCCGCGGAUACGAGCAAAAGCAUCUAUAUGUUUCAGCAAGAGUGUGCCUCGACUGGGAACCGAAGGAAUCAAAGCUUAUGGAAUCGACAAGCUCCUUCAAAUUGCAGCAUCCCAGCUGAGCGACCAGCUUCCUGAAUCGCGAGAGGCUGCGCGAACACUUGCUAUAGAACUACAAACAGUUUAUGUAAACUCCCAAGCAUCCUUCCCUCGAAACGAAGGCUCUCUCGACCCAAUGGACACUGAGUCCUGGGAGGCCUUUUGCCAUGCGAAGCUCACCCCUCUACGCGCUCAGGCGAUUCUCCGUGUUACAUCGACGACUUCAAAAGAGGCUCUCGUGUUGGGUUAGCUACCUCUUGUGGUUCAGCUACUUAUUGUCUAUUUAGGCGAUUCCACUGCUUAUAUUAUGCAUUCGAUAUUUUUGUACAUGUUAUAAUGAUAGGAAAUAUAUGUUCGGGGCACUUUGUAAAAUUGAUCUAUUUUUUACGAUUUGAGUUGUUUUUUUUUAUGGGACAAUUAAUCUGCAGUAAAUGCUACAGACAGAAGUUCCGUGUGGUC